AUGAAUGGUGACAACCAGCCUCCUGCGCGGUCGAAGCAGGCCGGACAAGCAAGCAAAAUCAAGUGCAUCAACUUUGGGCAGUACGAGAUCGACACAUGGCAUGCAGCACCGUAUCCUGAGGAGUACAGCCGCAACAAGCAUCUCUACAUCUGCGAAUUCUGUCUAAAAUACAUGAGCUCAGACUAUGUCGCAUGGCGACACAAGCUCAAAUGCUCUGCAAAACACCCACCAGGUGAUGAAAUCUAUCGCGACACCAUCAUCAAUCCAGAGACCAACCAAGAGACGACAUUGUCCUUCUUCGAAGUCGAUGGCCGAAGGAACCCACUUUACUGUCAAAAUCUGUGCUUGCUGGCCAAGCUCUUCUUGGGUUCUAAGACUCUGUACUAUGAUGUGGAACCGUUUCUCUUCUACAUCAUGACAGAAAACGAUGAGUUCGGCUGCCACUUUCUCGAAGGAACUGCGCAAGAUCCUGCUCUCGUCAACCCGGGCAACAACGUUAGCUGCAUCUUGGUCCUACCCGUCCACAUGCGGCGCGGCUUUGGAAGAGUAUUAAUCGAAUUCUCUUACCUUCUCACCAAGGUCGAAGGUAGGACUGGAUCGCCUGAGAAGCCACUCUCUGACAUGGGUCUCGUCUCAUAUCGCUCAUAUUGGAGGACUGUCCUCUGCAAGCUCUUCUUGCAGUAUAGAGACAGGGAAUGCGAGACCGGCGAGGCAACGCAACUGACAAUAGUUCAAAUCGCCAAGGAAACUGGCAUGACUCCUGACGAUAUCAUUGCGAGCCUCGAGGCAUUACGCGCCCUG